AUGUUGGCUGAAAAGUAUGUGAAAAACGUUUAUCGUAAUUAGCAUUACCGGCAUUAGGUACAGUGUUGUUUCUGAAAAUGCCAUCGUACAUCGAUACAGUGUCUAGAAAACUGUCGGCGAAUUUCGGAAAUGUUUUAAAUGUCGGUAUUAUAAUUCUAACGUACUUCGAAUCGUACUUGUUUCCCUUAGCCAUUUUUAAGUUAUUGAUAGUGGUGACAAAGUAUGGCGGCGUAAUAUCUCGGUUAAGAAAAGAGGAAGACUUGAAAAAAGUGGUGAAAACACGUUACAAAUAUAAGUUACAGCUUCUGACAAUAGAAAAUUAUGUGUUGCCGGAUAAUAGAACAGUCGAACGCAUUUCUAAUGUUAGUAUGAGUAUUGAAGAAGAAGAAAUUCAGUUGAGCUACUGCGGACAGGAUUGCAGAAGAAUACCUCCAGCGCUGCAAAAAAUGUAUGGCGGCAAAGUGAGGUGUUUGGAUUUAAGCUAUAACAGUAUCGAGACGCUCAAAGGAUUGGAACAGUUCGGUCGACUAGAGGAACUUAUAUUAGACAACAAUAAGCUGGGUGAUGCUAUAACGUUCCCAUACUUAUCCAAUUUGAGGACACUUUCGCUCAAUAAUAACGAAAUAAUAGACUUGGAAGAACUGGUUAAUAAAAUAUGCAAGCAUUUCCCUUCACUGACGUACUUGAGUCUACUGAGUAACAAAGCGUGUCCCAACCAACUGUCAGAUAGCGACAAAGAUGGUUCGGAUUACCAAAGAUACAGAUACUUCGUGAUACACAUGAUACCGAACUUACGGUUCCUGGAUUCCCGGCGCGUUUCGUCAGCUGAGCGUAAGGAGGCGGCCAUACGGGGCGAGUUCAUGCGAGUGCGCAGGCCUCCCUCCGAUGUGUUCGAUGCGCCCGUCACACCGGCCCCACAGACAAGGCUGCGACCCCUGCCUGUGGAUUUAGGCGCGUUGGGCAAACAUAAAGGUGCCUACGGCAAAUGCAAUUACAAAUACACAGGCAAGCAUUCGGAGGAAAUCGAUUCAUUUUAAAUAGUGACUUAUGACCGCAUUUACUAAGAGUCUACAUACUUACUAUUUAACCAAAAGUGCUAAUAAAUAUAACUUUACGAAAAACCUUCUCCAAUUAUAAUCAAUUUUGAUUUGACUCCAUAAUUAUUGUGCAGCUUACUUUCAGAUAAAGCCACAUGAUAAAUAUCUCUGUUCAAAAAAUCAUUCGAAUAUUUCUUAUUUUACGGUAGCUUAUUGAAUAAAGCUAUAACGUAAAUUAUAUUGCCAUCUUGGAUCAAUUUAUGGUACAAAAAUUGAUGAAGCAACUUUUAACAGCCAAUAUAUAGCGAGGCAAACCCAAAAUCGUAUGCAUAUUUAUUCACUAUCUGGCAUUCCAUUUAAGUAUCAAUGAUAUGCAUAAAAAAUUAAAGUGACAUUAUUACAUACUAACAAAAACAGUUUACAAGGUUCUGCCAAAAUGAUAAUUUUUUGUUUAGGGAACUUGUCGCUCACCAAUAUUAUUUUUUAACAAAGAAGCAAAUGGUUUGCUCGCUAAUCAUGAUUGACAUUAAAGGUAUUUAGGAGCAUUUUUAUUUAAAAUGGUUUCUAUCAAGUGCCUUAUCUAAGACAAUCAAUAGUUAUUUUUUAAACUAUCUCUGAUAAUCAAAGAAACAAAAAACUACUUCAUAAUCAUGUUCAUGGAAAAGCCAUUACCUACUUACAUUUAAGGACUUUAUUUUUGUUAUGUUUCUAGUAUAAGAAUUACACCUGUAUUUUUUUUGUUUUAUUAAAUGUUGUUUUGC